GGGAGGUCAAGAAACUAGGACAGUUCAAGAGUCUCUCCGCGCAUGACUGUAGCCUCAUCCAUCUCUUCCGAGAAGGGGCCCUAGGUCACCUUCUAGGUUUAAGGCCACUUGCCCCCUGCUGGGCCCCCGGAACCAACGCUCAGAAGGAGCCCUCGGCUCACAGCUGUGCCGGCAAGGACAACCAAGUUCAGAGCCUCAGGUGCGUGCCCACCCUGCCCCGGGGAGAGCAGGCUCCCUCCCGCCUUUAACUGGGUGCGCCCACGAGGUGCAGGCCCGCGCUCAGGCCGGUCCCAGGAGUAGACUUGUCAGCAGAACCGACUCCCAGCGCGGGUGGGGCCGCCGGAGAGGUUCCCCAACCGGUUACACCAGAAACCCCACCAGCCAGCAGCCCUGUCCUGCUCCACCCCGGGGGCCCCACAGUAGACACCUUUGUGUGCCUGUUAAUUGGAAAACGAGGGGGCUGGAAGGACCACCACAGGAAGCCGGACCCAAGCGGGCCCUGCAGGCCGGGUUCCGGCCCUCAGCCCUGCGGAGGGGACUCAGCCAGGGGGCGCGGCCCGGCCGCAGCUGACUAGGGUCGGAAUCCGGGCGCGCGCGGUCGCAGCGCCCCUUCCGGCCCACGGCCCCGGCGGUGUCCGGCAGACUCCGGUCUCCCGCACUGCGGGGAGGCGAGACGCGCGUCCGCGGGGCACUGGCGGGCACCCGACAGCGCCGGGGCGGGGACUCGGGGACCUCGGCGGGCAGGCGCGGCGCGCGCACGCAGGCAGGGCGGCCCCGGUGGCCCGAGUGCGGCCCCUUCCCGGAGCCGCUCGCUAGGCUCUUCCUCCGGACCAUCGGCGUCUCCAAUGGCCGAGGUGCUGGAGCCAGAGCCCGGGACAGGCGAGGGCGAGGCGGCCCAAGCUGUGGAGACGCCAAGCUGGAAGGCGCUGGGAGACGCGGGCCCCCAGCCCGGAAUUUACGAGAUCCGACACUAUGGACCAGCCAAGUGGGUCAGCACCUCCGUUGAGUCAAUGGACUGGGAUUCCGCCAUCCAGACUGGCUUUACCAGGCUGAACAGCUACAUUCAGGGCAAAAAUGAGAAAGAGAUGAAAAUAAAGAUGACAGCUCCAGUGACGAGCUACGUGAAGCCGGGUUCAGGCCCUUUUAGCGAGUCUAUCAUUACCAUUUCACUGUACAUCCCCUCUGAGCAGCAAUCUGAUCCACCCAGGCCUUCAGAGUCAGAUGUCUUCAUUGAAGACAGAGCUGAAAUGACUGUGUUUGUACGGUCUUUCGAAGGAUUCUCUAGUGCCCAAAAGAAUCAAGAACAACUUUUGACAUUAGCAAGUAUUUUGAGGGAAGAAGGAAAAGUGUUCGAUGAAAAGGUUUACUACACUGCAAGCUACAACAGUCCUUUCAACGUGGUUAAUCAAAAUAAUGAAGUGUGGUUGAUUCAGAAAAAUGAACCCUCCGAAGAGAAUGAAUGAGAAAAUGAAAGGAGGUGGCAUCGCGAGGGUCUAAACUUCUGUUUAAUACAGACAUCAACACUCCCUAUAAGUAAAAUGUAUGUCUAGCAUCUUC